AUGGCAGAAGAUGCAUCAAUCAUGAUCUCAAGUGCCCAAAGAAAUGUGGGUUUGGAGACUUCGGAUUCAAACGAAACCGAUUUUGCGCUGCUACAUCAGAAUAAGCGCGCGAGGCACGACAAUGAUGUCUCAUUUGCAAAGUUCAAAGGGGUUGUGCCACAACAAAAUGGUCACUGGGGUGCACAAAUAUAUGCAAACCACCAAAGAAUUUGGCUUGGCACCUUCAAAUCUGAGAAGGAAGCUGCCAUGGCUUAUGAUAGUGCGGCAGUCAAGCUUCGAAAUGGUAAAGAUUUGCAUAGAAAUUUUCCUUGGACCAACUUCACCAUUCAAGAGCCUGAUUUCCAAAACCAUUACACAACAGAGGCAAUAAUUAAAAUGAUUAGGGAUGGUUCCUAUCCAUCCAAAUUUGAUGCCUUUAUGAGGUCCCAAGCACAAUCUCAAAUUGAGGAAAUGAGCAAGGGCACCAACCCAAUAAGAGUGCAUGGCGAUGGACAAGUAUUGUGUCGACAACUCUUCCAAAAAGAACUUACUCCGAGUGAUGUGGGUAAGCUCAAUAGGCUUGUGAUUCCGAAGAAAUACGCGGUCGAGUAUUUCCCUUGUAUUUGUGAGAAUGCGGAAGAAAAUGUGACUGAGGACAUUGAGCUAGUUUUCUAUGACAAGCUCAUGAGGGUUUGGAAGUUUAGGUAUUGCUAUUGGAGGAGUAGCCAAAGCUUUGUGUUCACAAGGGGUUGGAAUAGGUUUGUGAAGGAAAACAAUUUGAAGGCAAAUGAUGUGAUCACAUUUUAUGCAUGUGAGAGUGAUGGUCAAGUGAUAAGAGAGGAAGAUAGAGAAAGUACUACAUUUUGGUUAAUUGAUGUAAUGCACAGUGAAGGUGAAAGCAAGAGAUCAUGUUUUGUUGAGGAGGCCAGUGAGUGUAAGGAUUUGCAGGUAAAAUUGGAACUAAAUUUGGGGGAAUGUAGCAGCUCCAAGUUUCAAAAAGGUGAAGGUAAAUAUAGUGAAGAUCACAGGGCAUCCAUAGCUGAGGAAAAAGGAAUUAGGCUAUUUGGUGUGAAUAUUAAUUAA